UUGAAUUCAGGGGUAGAGCAAAAACUUAUUCUGAAGCUCAAAAAUUAGUUUCAGAAUUAGAAUAUAAACCAUACGUUUACUCUACAGAAAAUGAGAGUUCAGCUAUUAAAAAGGCUGAUGAAGAUCGUGAAUUUUUUAAAAACCGAACGGUACCGAAACAUUUUGCUACAAAAAUUUUGAAUAACGUCUGUAAUGAUUUAAAUGGGAACUUCGAUUCAAAUAUUGGAAUAGAUAAUUUAUUAUCCAAAAGUGGAAGCAGUUCAAAGGACUAUAAAAAAAAAGACAAGGAAUCUAUGAAGCGUAAAAGAUCUUUCAAAAAACUGCACAAAUCUAAAUUAUCAAGAACUAGUUCGGGCUCUGAUAAAAGUUCCGAUGAUACAAGUAUAGAUGAAAAUAAGAAAAGAAGAAAGCCUGCAAACUUAAAAAAUAAGCAAUCAAAAUCAGCUGAUGGAAAAACACAAAAAAGAGCAAGUUCAAGUUCUGAUAGUAUAAGUUUAGAUGAAAAUAUAAGAACAAGGAAGCCUAAAAAUAGUAAAAAUCGGAGUCCAGGAUCACAGGAAAGGAAAACAAAAAAAACAACUCGUAUUUCAAUAAGCUCUAGUGGCGAAAAUGAUACAGGGUUUUUUAAAUCAAGUACAUCAGAUAAUAUCAAAAAUAACAAAUUAGAAGAUAAUAAUAAAUGUGAAAAUUCUUGUUGUAUUCAUGAGAAAACUUUGAAAUCAUUGGAAUUUAAAAUAGACACAGUGAUUAGCAACUACCAUUCACUCAGUAAACAAAUAGGUACACAAAACAGCCUGAUCAUUGACUUGAAAAAUUCAUUCCAAGCUCAAAAUAUGAGUCAAUAUUACAUAAUGAGUGAUGGUGAAGAAAGUAACCCGAACGUGAAGCUUCCCUGUCAAACGAAAGAAAUUUUCGAUCAGCUAGAAGAGGCAUUGAAAGAUAAGGAUUAUAAUAGCAAAAUGAUACGUAAAUUUUUAAGAAUGAUGAACAAAGAAUUACCUAUUGUCAAAAAUACAUCAGCAAUGAUAAAACAUUGUCUAAGUCGAGAUCUUGCUCUACAAUUUAAUUUAUUAAAACCAAAUGAUAAAAAAAAAUGAGUAUUCAGCAGUACAAAUCUGUACAAAGUUAUAAAAAAUGUGCUCAUUAAAUGUCAUUCACAUUCUAAUGAAGAUGAGUUACCAGAUCACGUCAUCAAUGAGGCUAUAGCAUCUGUACUUUACCAUGCUCGAGAUUGGGGAGGUUUUCGAAGCAUACGAGCAUCGAAAAAAAAUCAACAAACCAAGAUUCCAGUAAUCUUACACAAAGCGAUAAAUAAAUAUUCUUUCGUUAAUUUUCUCUUUUGAAAUAUUCAAGAAAUGUGGAAUUUUGUUUCAGUAUAAUUCAAGUGUUCAUCUGUGUGUAAUUUUUAUAAUUAUAAUUUUAAUUUUCUAAAUAUAUA